GUAAUAAAUAAUACUGAUUAAAUAGCAAAUACAAUUUUUAUAUUUAAUCAAUGUUUGCUACUUGCACCUUGCCAGUUAAAUCCAUUAAAUAUGGGUAAAAUAAGUAAAGUGUGGCAACAUUUUGUCAGAGUCAGUAAGCUCACAGCCAAAUGUAAAGCGUGUGGUAAAAUUUGCUCAACUUCUGGGAACACAUCCAAUCUGCAUGCACAUUUAAAAUACAUCCACAGUUUUAGUUUUGGCACUCAGCAAGGAGUUAAAGAUAAUAGUGCACCAGUUCCUAAUUCAAAUAUAGUAAGUUUAAGAACAGAUACAAUUAGUGGUAUAAGUGAUACUGAAAUUGAAGAUUCUGUCGAUUCUGAUACUAAUUCAUAUGAACAUCCUGUUCCAAUUAAAAGACGUUAUCAACCUACGAUCCAGCAUCAUUUUCAAUAUAUGUCAUCAAUGGGAGCUGAAGGAAACAAAAGUUCUGAAAUAACAGAAGCAUUACUGUAUUUCAUAUGCAAAGACAGUGCACCAUUUUCUACUGUUGACGGAAGUGGUUUUAGAUAUUUUAUGAAAGUAGCUUGUCCAUUAUAUAAAAUACCUGCCAGAAACACUGUGAAGAAUAAAUUAGAUGACAAAUAUAACUACUUAAGUGGAAAGUUUAAAAAUAUGCUAAAAGAUAAAAACAAUUUUACUCUUACAUCAGAUAUCUGGACUGACAUAAAAAUGAAAAGUUACAUCGGUAUUACUAUACAUUUUUUACAAGGCACAAAAUUUAUAUCUGGUACGUUAGGUGUAUAUGAACUCGACCAAGCUCAUACAGCAAUAAAUAUCAGUCAGUCAUUUGAAAAUAUUUUAAUAGAAUGGGAAAUAACUAAGGAUCAGAUAAUUGCAAUAGUUACUGAUAAUGGGGCCAACAUUAAAAAAGCAGCGUCUGAUACUUUUACUAGCGACAAAUUGAUACCAUGUUUUGCCCAUACCAUCAACCUGAUUGCUAAUAGUUCUAUUGAAAAAUGUCCAGAUUUAGGCCAAUUAAUUGAAAAAGUAAGGAGUAUUGUUAAGUUUAUCAAAAACAGUGUAAACAUAAAUGAUGAGUUACGAAAAUAUCAAAAAAAUGAUGGUAUACCAGAUGGUAAAAUCUUAAAACUUAUAUUGGACGUCAAAACCCGGUGGAACACCAUUUAUUAUAUGUUGGAAAGGUUUAUAGAACUAUUUAGAAUAGUGUCUUCUAUCCUAUUAGAAAAAUCAAAUGCACCAGAUUUUAUAACCACCAGAGAACUAAAUAUAUUAAAAGAAAUUAAAAACUUACUACAUCCAUUGGAAGAUUUAACAAAAAAAAUUUCAGGAGAGAAAUUUGUUAUAAUAAGCACAAUUUUACCACUUAUCAAUUGUGUACAUAAUGCAGUUAAUCGUGUUCAGCCAACGACGACUAUUGGUACUGAGCUUCAAAAACUCAUUCAAGCUGAGCUGAAACUGCGUUUUACAAACCUGGAAUUAUUUAAUGAUUUUCCUUUAGCUACAUUAUUAGAUCCAAGGUUUAAAAACCUACACUUUAAAGAUCCAGUAAAGUGUCAAAAAGCUAUACAAAGGAUCAAAAGUAUUUUAGUUGAAAAAGAAAAUGAAAACAUUCAAUCUAAUGAAAUUACUGAUGUAAUAAGUAGAGAUGAUCAGACACCAUCAGAAACAUUUGAUUUAUGGUCCUUUCACACUUCAGUGGCAACAGCACAAGUAGUAAAUAGAACAGCUCCUAUUUACCAAGAGCUGUAUGAUUAUUUGGCAAAGCCAGUUGUUGAGAUAACUGCAGAGCCAUUAAAUGUUUGGGAAAUUAUGAAAACGAUGUAUCCCAAUCUAUAUGAAAUUGCUCGACAGAAACUGAGUAUUGUUGCCAAAUCAGUGACUUCUGAGAGGCUUUUUUCUAAAACAGGGAAUAUUAUUUCAAAAAAACGAAAUAGAUUAACUGGAAAAAGGCUUUCGAAAUUAGUAUUUAUGAGCUCUUUAAGCGAGGAAGACUGGUUCCAAACUGAUUAAUAGUGAAUAUUUUGUUGCUAUAAAUGAUCAGUUUUUGGU